AUUUUCUAUAAAUAAAAAAAAUUGUUGGUCUACAUUUAACCAUUCUCCUUUCUUCCUCUUUCAUCUUCUACUGAUAAAAUGUAAAACAGAAAAAAACCUUCAAGUAAGUGAGGGAAAAAUCUUGUUAGAAUUCUAUAAUUCAGCUUUCAAGCAAUCAUCAAUGGGUUCACUUACUAUAAACUACUGUUGGACUAUUGCCACUGCAUGUAUGGUUAGUGAACUUUGCCGAGGGUCUAUUGGAAACAGCCUCUCUAUCCUCACAGGAGGUAGGGAUAAGAGAUUUAAAACCAAUGUAAGGGCAUUUGCAAGUCAGAGGUCUGUUAAGAAAUCAAGAAAAAAAGGGAAAACAGAGAAAACUGAUACUGCAGUACCCGAUAAGUAUCUGUUAAGUGAUGAUGUUAAUCCAGAUUAUGUUGAAGAUAGCAAGAAGAACAUAUCCCUUCUUGACACUUCAGAGGCUGGGACUUCUGUGCCGAUGAUCCCAUCUAGAGGUUCUGUGCUUCAGGCAUGCAUAAUCACUUCUGGAUUUAUUGGUCUUCUAGGUGUCGUAAUUCGAGAGGUUUCUCAUGUUGCAUCAGGAGGUGGGUUGCCAAUUGUUGACUGUUCUGUCAAAAUACCAUUGACUUUCCAGAUGUGGCAUGUUGAGUUGAUUACUGGAUUGGUAAUACUGGUAUCCUCUUGUCGGUACUUACUGCUGAAGAUUUGGCCGGAUUUUGCCGAGUCUAGUGAAGCAGCAAAUAGCCAGGUCUUAAGUUCACUUGAACCAUUGGAUUACAUAGUGGUAUCACUCCUUCCAGGCAUUAGUGAGGAGCUUCUUUUCCGUGGUGCACUGCUACCACUUUUUGGCAUCAAUUGGCAGAGUGUCGUGGCAGUUGCUUCCAUAUUUGGGAUAUUACACUUGGGCAGUGGUCGAAAAUACUCCUUUGCUGUCUGGGCCACAUUUGUUGGAAUUGCGUAUGGUUAUGCUACAAUUUUAUCAUCAACUCUUCUUGUGCCAAUGGCUGCUCAUGCCGUAAAUAACCUAGUAGGAGGCAUCAUAUGGCGCUACACAUCAAAUUCGUCAAAAUAGAUUGCUUGCACGAGCAAAUGCAAGAAAGCCUCCUGUGACUGCAACAUACGGGGGAUUCCUCCAGUCUGCACCAAGUGCUGACUGAUGGUUUCACAGGUUAAAAGGAGUCAUUUGAGAAUUCUUCUGAUAAACCCCUUUUUACUCUUUAUCAUGGGAUGUGUAAAAGAUCUGUCAAAGAUCUUUGCUUCUUUUUAAGUAAUAUAUGUGUGAUUUCUGAGUUAUUGUUGGUGAAGAACAUUACAGAUUAUUAUUGAGAACAAAAAAUAAUCUGCAGUAUUCUGAGCUCCAAUCUGGCAAACUGCAGUAUUAUGAGCUCCAAUCUGGCAAACUGCAAUAUUAUGAGCUCCAAUCUGGUACUAGCCUUUUCAAUUA